CUUUAUUUAAUGUGUAUACAGCGGCUCUACACAAUAUGUUUGAAAAUGACGAAAUAUUAAUUCAGUUUGCAGAUGAUUUUGCUUUGAUAAUAAAAGAAAAAAACCUAGAAAAAUUAAACAAUAAAACUCAACAUGCAGUCAAUAUUAUAUUCAGAGAACUAGAAAAGUUAAACUUUAGUGUAAACCCUCAAAAAACAAAAGCCAUACUUUUUCAAAAUAGUAACAAUAUGCUAGAUCUAAAAGUUAAUAAUAUAGAAAUAGAAACAGUUAAAUCGCACCCCUAUCUUGGAAUAACUUGGGAUAGAUAUAUGAGCUUCGGUAUACACAUUAAAAACACAAAACUUAAAAUAAUAGACAGACUUAACAUGAUCAAAGUAAUAAACGGUUUAAAACAAGGAGCCCAUCCACAAACUAUGGUUUUGAUUUACAACACAAUUUUUCGUAGUGUAAUGGAGUACGGAGCUUCAAUCUUCAACAAUGCACGAAAGACAAACAAAAAAUUGUUGAGCACAAUUAAUAAUCAAGGUCUACGUAAAAUAACCGGCUGCACCAAAACUACUCCUUUGAAUUCUCUGAUUGCAGUUGCCGCAACUCAAACUUUGGAAGAUAGACAUGAAUUAGUUACCUGUAAAGAAAUAGCAAGAUCCAUAUUUAACAAAAACCUAGUUGCUACACAGUUAUUAUCAUUAAAUGAAGGGACUGAUAACGAUAAAUUAUCAUACAUGGAAUCAAUUUUCAUUAAAGAACAAGCCAUUUUCAAAGUUAUAUCACCUCUUACGACUAUUGAUAGUAGUAUACCCAAGAUCGAAAUAUUUCCUGAAUUAGACUCCAUUAAAUCGUCGAAAAAUACUACAAAUCCGAUUAAACUAAAACAAGCUGCACUAUAUCUUUUUAAUGGUAAAUACAAAAAUAGGCCAAAAAUAUUUACAGAUGCUUCUAAAAUAAAUAAGCAAUGUGGAAUAGGUAUUUACAAUGCUUACAAUAACAAUAGAUACUCAUUCAAACUAGAAACAGAGACAUGUAUUACAAAAGCAGAAUUAUUAGCCAUAGAUAAAGCACUUUCUUUAAUUGAUGAAGAACAAACAAAUUUAGCUGUUAUUUAUACCGAUUCUAAGUCAUCUUGUUUGAUAAUCGAUUCUGGUCAACAUUCUAGACAAACAUCAAAAUUAGUAAAACAAAUUAUAGAUAAAGCUUCUAAGUGGAACGUAACAAUACAAUGGAUACCUAGUCAUAUCAAUAUUAUAGGUAAUGAAAUAGCUGAUAGACUUGCAAAGUUUGCUCUUACUGGUAACUCGAUCAUUUCUAACUGCAUACUACUUUCAGAUGCCUUUAUUUUGUUUAGAGAAAAAUCAAUUGAAAACACGAAUCUGUGGUACCGAGAAUAUUCAACUGAGAAGGGCAAAACAUUUUUCCAGUUUCAACAAUCAAUUAACAAAGAAGCAUGGUAUUUCAAUAAAAAUUUUACAAAUCAGAAUGUAAGAUUGCUGAAUAGACUAAUAACAGGGCAUGAUUACUCUAAAUUUUGGAAAGCAAAAAUGAAAUUAGUUGACGAUGAAAUGUGUGAAAUCUGUGACGAACCUGAAAAUGGAGAGCACGUUGUGUUACAUUGUGUGAAAUACGGAAUGACGCGAUCGAAAUACUCAUUUGAUUGCAAGUUUCGUAGUUUAAUUGAUCUGUUCAAAACUUAUUUGACUGAUCUUAUCAUUGGUGAUGGUUGAUAGAGGGAAACGGGGGAGCCUUGUACUUAGUGGAACGCCUGAGUACAACUCUCGCUAAUAACCACAGGGCAUUAUAGUCUUUGCCACUCUGCCCUUAAACGAACUGUCGGUGACAGUUCCAGAGAUAAAGAAGAAGA